AUGCUCCUCGUGGGCUACACGGCGCGCACGCUGUACAUUGGUGCCGCCAAGCGCCGCGGGUACGGGCCGUUCCUUAUGUGCGUCUUUGCCUUUCCGCUCGUGCUCUCGCAGCCGGUGCUGCAAGUGCUUCAGAGUCUGCGCUACUACAACGCGUACACACCCAUGACCAAGUUCAUCAACUUUAUCUCGUGGAUCGGGCUCUUUCAAAUGUCGACGGCCUCCAUGUGGAAUGCCAGCGUCGACGUGACGCUUUUCGCGUAUAUAAGCAAGCACUACGGCGCAUACCAAGCGUCAUACGACCCCGCCGACGUCCCAAGCAUUCCGCCUCCCGCACCAGUCGCCGCGCCCUUUGAAGAAGAAGAGUGCGGCGCGUGA